GUUGGCAUCAUGGACAUAUGUGAAUCAAUCUUGGAGAGGAAGCGACAUGACAGUGAAAGGUCUACGUGUAGUAUCUUGGAACAGACAGACAUGGAAGCUGUUGAGGCGCUUGUUUGCAUGAGUUCCUGGGGUCAAAGAUCUCAGAAAGGUGACCUAUUAAAGAUAAGACCCCUCACACCUGUCUCUGACUCUGGGGAUGUCACCACCACAGUGCAUAUGGACACAGCUACACCUGAGCAACCAAAGGACUUCCACUCUUUUUCUACUCUGUGCAUAACUCUCCCUCAGAGCCCUGAUCUCAUGGAGCCAUCAACAGGGACACCUCUUACUUCCCAAGCGACUCACUCCAGAGUGUGCACAGUCAUGGCCAUCCCCCCAUCUACUGUGGCAGCCAGAGUGCUGAGCAGGAGGACGGAAAGGGACUUGGCAGGUUUGAAGCCAGAGGCACUGGAGCCAGCCUAUGGCCCUUCCUGUAAGGCCAUGGUAACCAGUGUGAUCCGCCACACGGGGGAGCAUCCUGCUUCUGCCUGCUUUCCUACCAUGCUGACUCAAGAACAGCAACUUUCUGACACCAGAGAAAAACAAGCACAGUUUCUAGGACAUUUUGAAGCUUUUCAGGACACACGCCUGGCAGACAACUUAUUCAGCACUAACUUGGUGUCAUGUCAGCCUUGCUUGCACACAUCUGGUGGUCUGCUCCCUAUUGACAAAGGCCAGCAGGUAGGCUGUCCUGUUGCAGUUCAAACCAGCUCACCAAAGAAUUUCGAAAAUGACUUACCAAGGAAAACCACCCCUUUGAUUUCUGUCCCUGUCUCCAGUCCUCCUGUCUUUUGCCAAAUGGUCCCUGCAACUGGACAAAGUGGCAUGUUAUCAGCUUUUUUGAAGCCCACACCUCAAUUGUCUGUAGGGAAUGUCAGACCCAUCCUACCCCAAGCUGCCCCAGUGCCCCAGCCUGUGUUUAUGGGACCACCUGUGCCUCAGGGAACUGUGAUGCUGGUCCUUCCCCAAGGAGCCCUCCCCCAGCCUGCCAUCUGCUCGAGUGUCAUGGCUGUCGGGAAUACCAAGUUAUUACCCCUUGCUCCUGCUCCAGUGUUCAUUGCCUCCAGCCAAAAUUGUGCACCUCAGGUAGACUUUUCCCGAAGGCGAAACUAUGUUUGCAACUUCCCAGGCUGCCGGAAGACCUACUUCAAAAGUUCCCACCUUAAGGCUCAUCUUCGCACUCACACAGGAGAGAAGCCUUUCAGCUGCAGCUGGGACGGCUGUGAUAAGAGAUUUGCUCGUUCAGAUGAACUGUCUCGCCACCGCAGGACUCACACAGGGGAGAAGAAGUUUGUAUGCCCGAUAUGUGAUCGGCGGUUCAUGCGCAGUGACCACCUGACGAAGCACGCCCGGCGCCACAUGACUGCAAAGAAGAUCCCAGGCUGGCAGGCAGAGGUUGGCAAACUGAACAGGAUCGCCUCAGCAGAGAGCCCAGGGAGCCCACUUGUGACCAUGCCGGCCUCUGCCUGAAAGGCCGGCAAGGGUGUCACCCAGGGAGUUUUUCAGGGAUAGAAUGGGCAGGUUCUUCUCUAAAAGAAAAUUGGACUUGGGAAACGCUGGGGUAGUUGGUUCUGAUGAAAGUAUGUUAACUUUUCUUUCCUAGUUGGGACCCUGUUAAAUAUAUUUUGUAGUUCCAGAAGUUUUUUUCUUUUUUUUUUUAAGGAAAUGGAGAAAAAUUUGAUAAUCUAAAUCACCAGCAUUCAAACACAUUUCGGCAAUAAAGUUUACAAAAUCUGAAUUUUUACAGUCUUUCUAUUCAUGUUUUGUAGCAAUGAGACAGGGUACUAAUUUUAUACUAUUUUUUAUAAAAAUAUUUUUAUUGGUGCUCACAUCACCAAUUUCUAGCUAGAUUAUUUUACAGCCUUCUUUUCACUGUUUAAUAACAAAGUUUUAUAAUGACCCUGCUUUUAGAAAACUUGGCACAUUAGUCAGCCAGAAAACAAAUCCUUGUUAUCAGGCCUUGUAGAUCUAAGGAUGUUUUAGAAUCAAAAUUGAUUGAAUGAGGGCCUCUUACAGAAAAGGGAAAAAAAUGUUAUUAUCAGCCUUCUCAUAACAUUUUUAAGGGUAACUGUGGGCAGCCAUUUCCGUAGCGUAGCCCAUGGACUAAUAUUUCAUUUGACUAGAACUAGUCACCUAUGAUGCGACUUGUGAAGGAUAUACCCUAGAGGGUAGCUAAAGCCACUGGAGCUGCUGCAGGGGCUGAGUGUCCCUGUGUCUUAUUGUCUAUUGGGCCAUUGCUCUGCUGAAAGCAAGCCAUUCAGCCUCCUGUUGGUACCUGUAACACCAGAAAAGAUCAUGUAAAUGUUCAAACCCAGCCGCCUUGUCAGUUGUCGUCUUUUUUGAUGUGGCCUUAUCCAUACUGUAUUGUGGGUAGAUUAACUUUGCAAAGAAAAAGGAAAUGUGUGUUGGUAAGAUGAACUUCCCACCAAAGUAUAGCUUAUCCGAAGUGAGGUGCUUGUGCGGUCAGUCAGCCCCAGGUUUUGAUUUCUUUAUUGCAUAGUAAAGACUUUAGUUGGAAGGAAAUAAUUUUCAUCAAACAGAAAAUUACUUGAAAUGGGGCUUUUUGUAGUUACUUAGAAAAAUAGACCGUGGACAUCACGUUUAAGCUAUGUGAGCACGUAUGCUAGAUGUACAGGAGACCAUGGCCACCUGCAUCCAGGAAGCCACUGAGACCGAUUUUCUGUUAAACGUAGGAAAUUCAAGCAGCAAAAUAAAUAUAAGAACAUGUGGAAUGUGGUACCAGUUUGAUAGCCUGGUAAUUUUUUUUAUUGUGUAUACAUAUCUAGAUUUUUAUUUCGUCUUUUAGUUAUUGGUGUUUACUUUUAUGAAAAUGAUGGUAAGGUGAAAUCCUGAAUAAUCAAAUAAAAUUAGGUUUCGUGUUCAUAUAUUCUUAACCCUCACCUUGUUCAUUCAUAGUAUGUAACUUGAUACCCAGUAAGUUGCCAUGUAGCAUCAACUACUGUUUGUGUAUGUGUGUAUGUAUUUCAGGUUUCACCUUUUGGACACCCAUAGUUGAGUGUUCUGUGGUCAUGAGACAUCAUACAGUUGCAGGAGAACCCCGACUGUACAUAGCUCAUGCUCUCCCCACCACUGCCAUUGUUCUCCUGCUCAUCAGCAUAUAGUUUUGACUAUGUGUAUGCAGUAAAUGGCAUCAAAUUCAGAUAUUUUUCUUAAUUAUGCCAUGCAGCGUAAUGUUAGUCCUGCUAGUGUCCUGGUGGAUAACAUAAAGAGUAUUUGGCUGCUUGUCACACAGGACUUUGUUCUCUGAGCAGUCUUGUUUCUACAGAAUAGGUGCGUCAAGCCUGGUUUUGUUGUGCACUCAUUGCCCGGUUAGAGUUAGAAAUUCCCUCUGUAAAAGACCCCUCCCUUUUGUCUGUCUAUUGAAAGACUGUAAGUUGGGAAACAGUUUCUGUCUGAAAAGUACUCCUGAGAGGCAGAACCCUUGUUGGUUGUCUGUGUAGAGACUCUUGGCUGACGGCUCUGGGUGUUGGAGGCAGAGCAUAAGGAGGCAGGUUCCCCUAGUGCACUUUAUUGCCUGAGCAAUUUUGCUUGAUCUUUUUGACUUUGAGCCUUUUAAGUAGUUUCAAUAAUAAAAUUUUAAAUGUGUCAUAAUUAUGUUUUAUGUAACAGACUUUGACUUAUUAUUUAAGUGUGUAUAAUGUAACUUUUUUGUUUGAAUCAUAUAAAACUUUUGAUUUGCAAGCUGGA